UAUCACAAUGAUUUCAUUGAACUUAGCCAGUUUAACGGCAUUUAAUUUAACUCUUACCCACAUGAUGAUUCUUUUUUUACGUUGAAAAAUUUCAACUUGGUCACAGUUAUUUAAACAUUUACGGACAUGUAAAAGCAAAGAAAGACUUGACAAACUGACACGAUACACACGCACCCCGCUUGCACACCUUAAUCUCUUCCUUUGACUUGUCCUUCAUAUAGUUGUUGUGUUUGCCUUGUUACUUCUGUGAAAGUAGGGACAUAGGUACUUGAUCAACUUCAUAUUUCUGGAUGGUGUGGCAGUUCCCAGAGGAAAAUAUCAGAAAAAGUUGUGUUGUGUGUGAGCUCCAAGCAUCAUCAUCAUCAUCAUAUUCAUAGCAGUGGUGAAGAAGAGGAAGAGAAGAAAGUAAUCGAGAGGAAGAUGGAGAGCACACUGAAGGCUCUGAGAGAUGGUGAGUCAGUGUUGGACCUCAGCCCAAGAUCCAGCGUCAGCGGCGGUGUUGAGGAUAUCUACGGUGAGGAUCGCGCCACCGAGGACCAACUUGUCACCCCUUGGACUUUCUCGGUUGCCAGUGGGUAUUCUCUGCUAAGGGAUCCACAGUACAACAAAGGGUUGGCUUUCACUGAGAUAGAGAGGGAUGCACACUAUUUGCGUGGCCUUCUGCCUCCCACUGUCAGCACUCAGCAACUUCAGGAAAAGAAACUGAUGAACAGCAUCCGACAGUAUCAAGUUCCCUUGCAAAAAUACAUGGCCAUGAUGGACCUUCAGGAGAGGAAUGAAAGGCUGUUUUACAAACUUCUGAUUGAUAAUGUUGAGGAAUUGCUCCCAGUUGUAUAUACUCCUACUGUUGGUGAGGCUUGCCAGAAAUAUGGAAGCAUAUUCAGGCGUCCUCAGGGUCUUUACAUUAGUUUGAAAGAGAAGGGGAAAAUCCUUGAGGUUUUGAAAAACUGGCCUGAGAGGAGUAUUCAAGUUAUUGUUGUAACUGAUGGUGAGAGGAUUUUGGGACUUGGGGAUCUUGGAUGUCAGGGGAUGGGAAUUCCUGUUGGUAAAUUGGCUUUAUACACAGCACUAGGAGGAGUUCGUCCUUCAGCAUGUUUGCCUAUUACGAUUGAUGUGGGGACUAAUAAUGAGCAAUUACUAAAUGAUGAAUUUUACAUUGGGCUUAGACAAAAGAGGGCAACUGGGCAGGAAUAUUAUGAACUUCUGCAUAAGUUCAUGACUGCUGUGAAGCAAAACUACGGGGAAAAAGUUCUUGUACAGUUUGAAGAUUUUGCAAAUCACAAUGCUUUUGAGUUGCUUGCAAAAUAUGGUACAACUCAUCUUGUUUUCAAUGAUGAUAUACAGGGGACUGCAUCCGUUGUUCUAGCUGGUGUUGUAGCAGCCCUGAAGCUCAUAGGAGUUACCUUGGCUGAUCACACAUUCCUCUUCCUUGGUGCAGGAGAAGCAGGUACUGGUAUAGCAGAGCUAAUAGCUCUUGAGAUGUCAAAGCAGACUAAGACACCUAUAGAAGAGAGUCGCAAGAAGAUAUGGCUUGUAGACUCAAAGGGUUUAAUUGUUAGUUCACGGAAAAAUUCACUUCAACCCUUCAAGAAGCCUUGGGCUCAUGAACAUGAGCCCGUUAACAGUCUCCUAGAUGCUGUUAAGAUAAUCAAGCCAACAAUUUUGAUUGGAUCAUCAGGAGUAGGAAGAACAUUUACAAAGGAAGUAGUUGAGGCUAUGACCAGAAACAAUGAUAAACCUCUCAUUAUGGCUCUUUCCAAUCCAACCUCGCAGUCUGAGUGUACAGCUGAAGAGGCUUACCAGUGGAGUGAGGGUCGUGCAAUUUUUGCUAGUGGGAGUCCAUUUGAUCCUGUUGAAUACAAGGGCAAAGUUUACGCAUCUGGCCAGGCCAACAAUGCUUACAUUUUCCCAGGCUUUGGUUUGGGUUUAGUAAUCUCAGGAGCAAUUCGAGUGCAUGAUGAUAUGCUUCUAGCAGCCUCGGAAGCAUUGGCUAAACAAGUGACACAGGAGAACUACAAACAGGGUUUGAUUUACCCUCCAUUUCCUAAUAUCAGAAAAAUUUCAGCUAACAUAGCUGCAAAUGUUGCUGCCAAAGCAUAUGAAUUAGGCUUGGCUACACAUCUACCUCGUCCUCAGAAUCUUGUGAAGUAUGCGGAGAGUUGCAUGUAUACCCCUGUAUACCGCAACUAUAGGUGAAUGGGUCCAACUAACCAUUGACUUGAGGGCUUUAGGCUUUACUAAGGAUGUGUUUGGAGUUUGGUGUCCUGUCCAUUUAUGCAUGUCAAAGAAUAAACGAUUUUAAGCUUUUCUUAAAUCAAUGCUUUAUCUAGUUUCUAUUAUGAAAUCCUUAUUUCAUUUCAUGUCAUGUCAUGUCAUGCCAAUGGCAAUGGUUACUAAAAACAUAAUAGCUCCAGUUAUUUGCCUGUUGUACCAUGUUCUGUUGCCUUUAUAUAAUAAUAAUAAUGAUACUAAUAAUAUCAGCGGCUAU